ACGUCUCGAAUCCAGAGCAAGGAUUGGGAUCACGAAGGCAAUCUCUACUGAAGAUCCGAGAAACUAUUGUAUCACAAUUGUUCACGUAUUAAUCGUCUCAUACUUCUUUUGUACAUGAUAUUAAGGUUUUAAGCAUGUCAGGACUCUCGCCUUCGGAAUACCCGGAAUACGCACAGUUCAUCGCAAACAAAAAAGGCUCGACCGUAGGCUACGGGACAAAACCAGCUUUACUUCUAAUCGAUGUCUGCAAAGCAUAUUUCACACCAGGACCCCUGGAUAUCAGUUCCUACUCGAAUGCAGCAUCCGCCCCAGACUCCAUGAAGAGACUCAUGGCAGCUGCACAUGCUGGAGGCUGCCCCGUCAUCUGGGCAAAGACAAAUUACAUCCAUCCCAAAAUCCGCGAUGCAGGGUUGCUUGCCAUUAAAAAUCCCAGUUUGGAUGUGUUUAGAGAUGGAGACUCGAGAGGGUUAAAUGAGUUUCUAGAAGGCUUCGAGCCGGAUGACAACGAGAUCAUAAUUCAUAAGAAAUGUCCUAGUGCCUUCUUUGGGACGAACCUUCUCACUCAGCUACAUGUUUUAUGGGUCGACACAUUGAUUAUUGGGGGAUUUUGUACGAGUGGUAGUGUGAGAGCAACGGCUUUGGACUCGAUGCAGAGUGGCUUGAGAACAAUGGUUGUGGCAUCAGCAUGUGGAGAUAAGUCACGAGAAACUCAUUUUUCGAAUCUUUUCGAUAUCAAUGCGAAGUACGGGGAUGUGGUUUCGGAACAGGAGUCAAUUGAGAAUUUGAAAGCUGGAAGGUAG